GACUCGCUCGCCAGAAAUUUUCUUCUUGCCGUAGUCCCACCUUCCCACUUUUCAUUUCGUCCCGCCAGACCAGGACACCUCACCAUCAUCGCCAUCGAGUAUGACUACCACAGCACGACGGGCCUCUAGUAGUGCGGGGUCGCUGAAGACCGCGUCGCUGCACGACAGUGCCAGAGGCUCGCCCGAGCCUCAGCUAUCCCGACGACAAUCUCUUGACCAUGAGGACGAAUUCCAGCGUCUCGUUAGCGACAUCAAUCGCAUCUUGGGUCCGAGCAAUGGUAUCGACAGUGCAUCGGUCAAAGUGGGCGACUUGGUCUCUGCGAUGGAGGCAUACUCGUCCGAUGAGUCAGAAUGGUCCCGGUACGCGUUUUCGGACGCUGAAAUGGCAUACACGAGGAACCUCGUGGAUCGAGGGAACGGCAAAGCGAAUCUCUUGAUUCUCGUCUGGACGCCUGGCAAGGCAUCGCCCGUACACGAUCAUGCAAACGCUCACUGUGUCAUGAAAGUCCUCAAGGGCACGCUUGAAGAAACACUCUAUGGCUUCCCAUGUCAAGCCAACUCCAAUCUUUCAUUACUCGAUCUGGACUCUGCAGAAGGUGCUGCACUGAACGGCAAUACCGAACACAAAUGUUCAGCCACAUGCCCAAGAGCUUCAUCGACCAGCAAGUUACCCGUGAUGCGAAAGACACGGUACACCACGGACCAAGUAACGUACAUGAGUGACCGUCUCGGCUUGCACUCGGUCGGCAACCCGAGCACAGAUCCCGAAGACUUCGCCAUCAGUCUGCAUCUGUACACUCCACCGAAUGCCGCGUCCUCAGGCUGCCAUACGUAUGAUCCCAAUACAGGCAAGAAGUCCUCCGAGAAGCACAAGAUGAACCAUUUCUAUUCGGAGCUUGGCGUCAAGAUGUGAGGGGCGUCGAGGUUCUUGAACAGCUCGAUUUUUUACCGCGACAACAUUCGAAAUGUUGCCGGCGGCUUACUUACUUUUGAGAGCCUUGUUUCGACGAGCAUCGCUGAAUAUCGUCAGAGAUUACAUCUCUGGUGAGAGACGUCGAAGGCGUCUUGCGUCGACGUGGGUUCGAUGGCGAUGACUGCCUGAUUUUAGCUGCCGCAUUCUUCGUUUUGCAAGUUUGAGCCCAAUGAGGGACAUUGAAUACUGCCGCACGAACGAUCUUGAUUAGGAGAUAUGGCGUAUCGGUUGGGAAGGAAAGGGAGGCGUUCGUUGACCAAUUUGUCGGCAAAGGCGUUCACUGACGGACUUCAGAUGGAGCGUGCUGCCAUCGUACCUUUCACUGCGACUACAUCCAUAGCAAUUAACGAAACCUUUAAAAACGAUUUUC